GCCAUGCCCUGCGUUCAGGCGCAGUAUGGGUCCUCGCCCCAAGGAGCCAGCCCGGCCUCCCAGAGCUACGGUUACCACUCCUCGGGGGAGUACAGCUCCGACUUCCUAACCCCGGAGUUUGUCAAGUUUAGCAUGGACCUCACCAACACUGAAAUCACUGCCACCACUUCUCUCCCCAGCUUCAGUACCUUUAUGGACAACUACAACACCAGCUACGACGUGAAGCCACCUUGCUUGUACCAAAUGCCCCUGUCGGGACAGCAGUCCUCCAUUAAAGUGGAAGACAUUCAGAUGCACGGCUACCAGCAGCACGGUCACCUCCCCCCUCCCCAGUCCGAGGAGAUGAUGUCCCACUCGGGCUCCGUCUACUACAAGCCCUCAUCGCCCCCGACCCCCUCCACGCCCGGCUUCCAGGUGCAGCACGGCCCCGUGUGGGACGAGCCCGGCUCCCUCCACAACUUCCACCCCAACUACGUGGCCACCACGCACAUGAUCGAGCAGCGCAAAACGCCCGUCUCCCGCCUCUCCCUCUUCUCCUUCAAGCAGUCGCCCCCCGGCACCCCUGUUUCCAGUUGCCAGAUGCGCUUCGAUGGCCCCCUCCACGUCCCCAUCAACCCCGAGCCUGCCGGGGGCCACCACGCCGUGGACGGCCAGGCCUUUGCUGUCCCCAACCCCAUCCGCAAGCAGCCCUCCAUGGCCUUUCCCGGCCUGCAGCUGGGCCACGCUCCACAGCUGUUGGACAGCCAGGUCCCCUCGCCCCCGUCGCGGGGGUCCCCCUCCAAUGAGGGACUCUGUGCCGUCUGUGGAGACAACGCUGCCUGCCAGCACUACGGUGUCCGCACCUGCGAGGGCUGCAAGGGCUUCUUCAAGCGCACCGUGCAGAAGAACGCCAAGUACGUGUGCCUGGCCAACAAGAACUGCCCGGUAGACAAGCGCCGGCGCAACCGCUGCCAGUACUGCCGCUUCCAGAAGUGCCUGGCCGUCGGCAUGGUGAAGGAGGUGGUGCGCACAGACAGCCUCAAAGGCCGGAGGGGUCGUUUGCCAUCCAAACCGAAGAGCCCCCAGGAGCCCUCUCCCCCCUCGCCCCCGGUGAGUCUGAUCAGUGCGCUGGUGAGAGCCCAUGUCGACUCCAACCCGGCUAUGACCAGCCUGGACUAUUCCAGGUUCCAGGCUAACCCCGAGUACCAGUUGAGCGGGGACGACACCCAGCACAUCCAGCAGUUCUAUGAUCUCCUGACCGGCUCCAUGGAGAUCAUCCGAGGGUGGGCAGAGAAAAUCCCCGGCUUCACCGACCUCCCCAAAACGGACCAGGACCUUCUCUUCGAGUCCGCCUUCCUGGAGCUCUUCGUGCUGCGCCUGGCCUACAGGUCCAACCCUGCGGAGGGCAAGCUCAUCUUCUGUAACGGGGUGGUCCUGCACCGGCUGCAGUGUGUCCGUGGCUUCGGCGAGUGGAUCGAUUCCAUUGUUGAGUUUUCCUCCAACUUGCAGAACAUGAACAUCGACAUCUCUGCCUUCUCCUGCAUCGCAGCCCUGGCCAUGGUCACAGAGAGGCAUGGGUUGAAGGAACCCAAGAGGGUGGAAGAACUUCAAAACAAGAUUGUCAAUUGUCUGAAAGACCAUGUGACUUUCAACAACGGGGGCCUCAACCGCCCCAACUAUUUGUCCAAACUCUUGGGGAAGCUCCCUGAACUCCGCACGCUUUGCACGCAGGGGCUGCAGCGCAUUUUCUACCUGAAACUGGAAGAUUUGGUGCCACCGCCAGCAAUAAUCGACAAACUUUUCCUGGACACUUUACCUUUCUAA